UCUCCCUUUAAAUUGAUCGAUUUCUUUCCAUCAAAAUCUCUCAAUCAAAUUUAUCUUCUUAAUUCUUAAUUGUUACAAUUAAGAAAAAGAAACGAAAAACUUUCAAACCAUAAAAAGAACAAAAAAAGAAAAUUGGUUUCCUUUUAUUCCGCUUGGAGUGUUACCGACAUUAGAAUUUGUGUUCUCAGUUCUUAGUUGGUUCUCAACUUAAGUGUUUCCUGAAGGCCUUUUGUUUUCUUUGUUGUUACUCCGAAUAAUUAAUUGAUUGUGAUCUUUAAUUUGGUUGCUUAAUUUUAAUUUUCUUUUCGCAUUUUGUCUCUUUGUGCCUGUAUUCUUUAGUUUUACAAUGUCUUUUUUAGGUAAAUUAUUUGGUGGUGGGAAAAGCGAUGGAUCAACUAGCAAACAACAAGAGCAAAAGGUUACACAUUCAACUCAAUGUAAUAGACCAUCAAGUUCAAAUAACAAUGGAAACACAACUUCAAACAAUAAUAACAAUAAUCAUCACCAUCACCAUCACUAUCAUUCACAUCAUAAUCAACAAAAUUUAAGUAAUAAUAAUCGUCAUUUGAAUAACAGUUUGAUGAGUAACAACAUUUUGGUUUCAAGUCCUAAUCAUGCUCAUAACCAAAGCCGUAAUCAAAGUAAUAUUGGUAACAUUGGUGGACAUGGAAAUUUAAGCCAACACAAUAAUAAUCGUAAUGAAAAUUCAAUUAGUGGACGUAAUCAUCAGAGAAGAUCCACUCGACAUCGUCAUUACCUUUCUAGGAAUCAUUUGCAUGCUGCUGUUGCCAAUGUAUCGACAUCACCAUCUUCUUCAUCAAAUAAUCUUCAACCAGUCAACUUGCCACCGACAACAUCGCACUCAACGUCCAAUAAUGCCAACAGUAGCCUUGGUAGUUCAACAUCUACUGUCGGUUUGCCUGAGGGCUACGAGAUGAGAAUCGCACCCAAAGGUCAAGUUUACUUUUAUCAUGUCCCUUCAUCCAAAAGCACUUGGCAUGACCCUCGAGUUCCUCGAGAGCUUCUCUAUCAAAAUCUUGAUUUAGACAAAUUGGUCGGUAAAUUGCCCGAUGGUUGGGAAGUGCGAACCAUAACCUCAGGUGAACGUGAGCGACAAUAUUUUGUCGAUCACAAUAAUAAAACAACUCAAUUUACUGACCCAAGACUCGUUGCCAAUCCUGAUAUACUUAAGAAGAUUCUAAGAGAGCGUCCCAAUCAUUGUUAUGCAAACAUUGAAAAACCUUAUAAACACCAUGGAGUUUUCGAUGGAAUUGACCUCCAUUCGUUUCGAGAAAGUUGUAAAAAGAAAAAUUUGGUCCAAAAAAUGGCCGGACUUAGACAAGAGUUACAAGACUUACUCCCCCAAGCUGGACAUUGUCGACUUGAAGUUUCCAGGAAAGACAUUUUUGAAGAUUCAUAUCGAGCCGUUAUGAAAAUGAAACCUAAAGAUUUAAGGAAACGUUUAAUUGUCAAGUUUAAAGGUGAAGAAGGACUAGAUUAUGGUGGCCUUGCACGGGAAUGGUUAUAUUUAUUGUCGCAUGAAAUGCUGAACCCACAAUAUGGACUUUUUCAGUAUACACGAGAAGAUGUAUACACCUUACAAAUUAAUCGUGAUUCCUCAAUCAACCCGGAUCAUUUGACUUAUUUUCACUUUGUAGGUCGCAUUAUCGGAAUGGCGGUUUUCCAUGGGCAUUAUAUUGACGGUGGAUUUACUUUACCUUUUUACAAAAUGCUUUUAAACAAAUCUAUCAAUCUUGAAGAUAUUCGAGUUGUAGACCCAGAACUUUAUCGAAGUCUCUGCUGGAUGUUAGAGAAUAAUUUAAGUGACGUACUGGACACAACUUUUAGUGUCGAACAUGAUUCUUUUGGUCAUUUGCAAGUGCAUGAAUUAAAACCUAAUGGAAAGGACAUCCCGGUGACGGAAGAAAAUAAACGCGAAUAUGUUAAAUUGUACGUUAAUUAUCGAUUCAGACGAGGAAUCGAACAACAGUUUCAUGCAUUACAAAAAGGUCUCAACGAACUUGUGCCCACAAGUUUACUCCAAGUAUUCGAUGAAAAAGAACUAGAGCUUGUUAUCAGUGGUUUGGGAAACAUUGAUAUCAAUGAUUGGAAAUCAAAUACUAGACUUAAACAUUGUUUACCUGAUACUCCGGUCGUUAAAUGGUUCUGGCAAGCAGUUGAAUCAUAUUCGGAGGAAAGGAGAGCCCGUUUAUUGCAAUUUGUCACUGGAAGUAGUCGAGUGCCCUUACAAGGUUUCAAAGCUCUUCAAGGAUCGACCGGAGCUUCGGGCCCAAGAUUAUUCACAAUCCAUUUAAUAGAAGCGAGUACAGAUAACCUCCCAAAAGCCCAUACCUGUUUUAAUCGUAUCGAUCUACCUCCUUAUGAAACUUAUGACAAAUUGUACGAAAAGUUGACUCAAGCAAUAGAGGAAACCUGUGGAUUUGCCGUUGAAUAAAAAUUGGUCCAUUUUUUUGCCACAAUCUCGACGAAAUGGGACAAAAUUUACCCUUGCAAAGCAAAAAUAUGCCGAUAAUCAAAUCGCUAAUUAUCAAUUGUCGCCAAACUCAAUAUCUUUUAUUCAUAUAAUAUGCCUUCUGUUGUGACUGCCUUGAAAAUUGCAUUUCUCAUUUAUUUCUCAGGUUAUUAUCUCUUAAGAACUGAGAUUUAUCAUCAUCAUCAUCAAGACUGGUGCCUGUUGCAUUCUAAAAAUUAUUAUCAUCAUCCAACUAAUCUUAUAAUCAUCAUCACUCAUGUUAAUCCAUAAAACAUCAUUAUAGUGGUUCCAACAUAAUAUUACAUCAAAAACUUCAACUUUGCUAUGAAAAAAAGAAGUUGAGUUUCAUCCUAAUCUCCUCUGCAUCUUCCUACCUUUUCCUGUUCUGCUAACUAACUCACUUAAAAUUCUUGACUCACUAAACUCAUGACUUAUCCGUAAGACUAAAAGAAAACAAAAAUCUGUGAUGUAUCAUGAUGAUUUUAUCAUUUGAAUUAUUAUCAUUAAUGUUCUGGUUGUUAUAGUAAAUCUAAAAACGUAAACAAACAAAUUCACCUGAAGAUGAUACUUCAGGUCUCUCCCACUCUCAUCCCGAGUUAUAUCUUGAAAAGUAUUACAUCUCCCCCUCCCUCCCUCUCUCUCUCUCUGUCCAAUUAUUUGUACUGAUUAUCACCUCUUUUCCUCUUCAUGUUGAAACUUCAUUUAUAAUUGUUCAUAAACAUCUCAAUUGUAAUUACAAAGUAAUCUUAAUUUUGGCGAAGCUGAAACAAAAACUGAUUAAUUGAAUGUUUCUCAGCAUCAACCAAUAUCAAAUGAUCAAUAAUUCAAAACAAUUGAUCCUCAAUCAAUAUAAAUUACCAAUGGUUACCAUGGAUUCUACUUUUUAAAUUACAAACAAAUAAAUCACCUCAAGUAAAUUA